UCGUUCCCAACACUGCUUCUGAUCUCUUCUCACUUUCGAUCUUCGAUCUUCGAAACCAAACCAUCUCCGAAACAGACAAUGCAGUUCUUCGGCGGAUCCGAGAUAAGCCCGUCGCCUCCCGUCCCAACGGCGAGUGGGAACAACGCGCACAUGAUGUACGUGUUCAACCGCAACGGCGUGUGUCUCCUCUACAAAGAGUGGAACCGGCCUCUCCACACGCUCAACCCUCAGCAAGAUCACAAGCUCAUGUUCGGUCUCCUCUUCUCCCUCAAAUCCCUCACCGCCAAAAUGGACCCCACCAAUGCGGAUAAGGGGAAUCUAGGGGUUCCACAGUUGCCAGGACAAGGAUGCUCUUUCCAUAGUUUCAGAACCAAUACUUACAAGCUUAGCUUCAUGGAGACUCCCUCUGGUAUUAAGAUUAUUUUGGUAACUCAUCCAAAGACUGGAGAUUUACGCGAAUCCCUUAAGUACAUCUACGGUUUAUACGUUGAGUAUGUGGUAAAAAACCCUAUCUACAGCCCAGGCUCUCCAAUCAAGUCAGAGUUGUUCAACACUGCACUUGACCAGUAUGUGAGGAGCAUCUCUUAGUGUGUGCAUUACAAGAUUUGGCAAUUGGAACUUCUCUGCUUCACUGAACUUUCUUCUGAACAAUCUCCUAGAUAAGAGAGAAUUCUAGUAGAAAGAUCAAUCUCGAGCACACUGCUUUCCUCUGCAAAUAUAUGUUUUGUUCUCUUUUUUUUUUUAAAUCAAUGUAUUGGCUUGUUUUCAAAGAUGUUUAUGGUUAAACGCAAAUCUUGAGAUACCAUAUGGCAAGAAACCGUAAUUUUGAAUA